UGCAUCUUUGAUACUAGUUGAGACCAUGGGAGCGGCACUGGCAAGAGCAGCUCAGUGGACUGCUGCUGGUUCUGGAACUGGCACACUCGAAAUCACCCCUUUGAAUGAAUCUCUUUUAAAUCAAAUUAUUAAGUUUGUGGAUGACUUCAGCACUAGACAUCCUCAGGAAGCAGUGUUUGUCUUCAGAGAGCCCCUUGAGUGGAAAACACAAUUGGAUUGCUCAGUAUUCGGAGAGGGUUAUGAGAUCAAUGGAGCAACCGUUCAGUCUGAAGCCAAAGGUAAAGAUGGCCAGCCAUUGCUUCUCCUCACGGCAUCAACACUCAGAGUUCGCAGUUUUGACCAGCUGUCCUGUUUCCUACAAAUUGCUAUGGAAAAAAGGUUAAAGGAAGCACAGGCAUGCCUCGAAGCUAACAGAGAUCCUAUAGUGAAAAUUCUUGGCCCAGAAUAUGGGACUGUUGAAGGAGGAGAUAUGUCCAUGUUGCAUUUACUUGACAAGGUGAAAAAAAAUGAUGACCCUGAAACAGAGACGAGAAUGAAAAUCAGUCGUCGUCUUCAUCAGCUGGAUUUGCAACUACUUAAUAGUUCUUUGAAACAGAUUUCACAAGAUGUAAGACUAAAUCCAGCUGGUAUAAAUAAUGAAGUGAAUCUUCUCAAGAAUUUUUCUGGGAAAGGAGAAGAUACAGUACUGGAAUCACUGGAAUAUACAUCAGAUUACACGUUCUCUAAUGGAUGCCGAGCUCCUCCCUGGAGACAAGUGCAUGGAGAAAUUUGUUAUUUAGUCAUCAAACCACAUGACACUGAUCCUUUGUAUAUCACUUGCAGCACAGCAGGAGUGUUUUUAAAUGGAGGUCAACUAAAGGGUAAAGAUGACAUUGACUAUGAAAGAAAAAGUGAUGUAUAUAAAGAUAUUGUCACAUUUUUAAGGGAGAGAUCACCUAGAUUUGUAGAAAAUAUGUCUAAACAGGAAUAUAAUUUUUUUAAAGAACCAACACAUGAGAAGAAUUAUCAGUGUAUGGAAGCAGUUGAUGCCAAGGUCUCUGGCCAAUCCCAGAACCUUUAUGAUUUUACAGAAAAGAGUGUAUGUGAGAAAGUGAAAAGUUCUGCAGCAAGAAGGAGAUCCAUUGACAAGAAGAAAUUAGAACCUAAAACAUCAGGCAGGUUUGAAGAAGUUAGUGAAAGUUCCUCAGAGACUGAGGAAGAUGAAGAACAGCCUGUACGUCAUCAGGAAGGAAACACUGAUUUGCCAUCAGAAUACUGGGGAAUUCAGAAACUUGCAAAAUAUUUAAAGGGAGGUAAUCCAACAGCUACUGUAAUCGCAUUGUGUUCAAUGAGAGAUUUCAAUCUAGCUCAAGAAACUUGUCAGCUGGCCAUCAGAGACAUUGGGUGUCUUGAAGUGUUAAUUAAUUUACUUGAUACAGAAGAAAUUAAAUGUCAGAUUGGUUCAUUAAAAAUCCUGAAGGAAAUUAGUCAAAAUACACUGAUCAGACAUGCAAUUGCAGAUCUUGGGGGCUUACAGAUCAUGGUGAAAAUACUGGACUCUCCAGAUAAAGAUCUAAAAUGUUUGGCAGCUGAAACAAUUGCUAAUGUUGCUCGAUUUAAACAAGCACGAAGGACAGUAAGGCAGCAUGGAGGAAUCAAGAGACUGGUUGGGCUGUUGGAUUGUAUUUCAGUGGGAUCAACCAGUCUAACACCAUAUCAAGCAAAAGAUACUGAAAUAGCACGCUGUGGGGCUUUGGCGCUCUGGAGCUGCAGCAAAAGCAUCAAAAAUAAAGAAGCAAUCCGUAAAGCUGGUGGCAUUCCAUUAUUAGCUAGAUGGCUCAAAUGUUCGCAUGCAAAUAUAUUAACCCCAGUAGUGGGGACACUACAGGAAUGUGCCUCAGAGCCAAGUUACAGACUUGCAAUAAGGACAGAAGGAAUGAUUGAGAACCUUGUGAAAAAUCUGAGUAGUGAACAUGAGGAGCUUCAGAUGCAUUGUGCAAGUGCCAUAUUUAAGUGUGCAGAAGAUAAAGAAACACGUGACCUGGUAAGACAGCAUGGAGGUCUACAGCCACUCUCUGUUCUGCUUGGCAACGCUGAAAACAAAAAACUUUUAGCAGCUGUGACAGGAGCAAUCUGGAAAUGUGCAAUCAGUGGAGAAAAUGUGUCAAGAUUUCGAGAAUAUAAAGUUGUAGAAGCUUUGGUAGAACUGCUCACUGACCAGCCUGAAGAAGUUCUUGUAAAUAUUGUCGGAGCACUGGGAGAAUGUUGCCAAGAGCCAAUAAAUCGAACUAUUAUCCGUAAAUGUGGUGGAAUACCACCUCUAGUGAAGUUACUUACUGGCACUGAUCAGGCACUACUUGUUAAUGUCACCAAAGCAGUGGGAGCUUGUGCAACAGAACCUGAAAACAUGAUGAUAAUUGACCGUCUAGAUGGAGUUCGUUUGUUAUGGUCAUUGUUGAAAAAUCCUAAUCCGGAUGUUCAAGCAAGUGCAGCUUGGGCUAUUUGUCCUUGCAUUCAAAAUGCUAAGGAUGCUGGGGAAAUGGUUCGUUCCUUUGUUGGUGGCUUGGAACUGAUAGUCAAUUUGCUAAAAUCAAAGAAUAAAGAAGUUUUAGCUAGUGUAUGUGCAGCCAUUACAAAUAUAGCUAAAGAUGAAGAAAAUUUAGCUGUUAUAACAGAUCAUGGAGUCGUCCCUCUGUUGUCCGAACUAGCAAACACAAACAAUGACAAAUUAAGACGUCACUUAGCAGAGGCCAUUUCCCACUGUUGCAUGUGGGGGAGCAAUAGAGUUGCCUUUGGAGAGACCAAGGCUGUAGCUCCUUUAGUACGUUACUUGAAGUCAAAUGAUCCAUCAGUUCAUAGAGCUACAGCCCAGGCUUUGUAUCAACUUUCAGAGGAUCCCAGCAACUGCAUCACCAUGCAUGAAAACGGAGUGGUGAAGCUCCUACUGGCUAUGGUAGGCUCCACAGAUGAAACUCUGCAGGAGGCAGCAGCUGGUUGCAUAGCAAACAUUCGCAGAUUGGCUCUAGCAACAGAAAAGGCAAAGUAUGGCUGA